AUGGGUUGCGGCCAAAGUUCAGAGUCGAAGGAGGGGAAGCAGAGAAAUGAGGAGAUUGAGAACCAGCUCAAGCGGGACAAGAUCAACUUGCGGAAUGAAAUCAAGAUGCUGCUGCUUGGUGCUGGUGAAUCUGGAAAGUCCACGAUCCUGAAACAGAUGAAGCUCAUCCACGAGGGUGGCUAUUCCAGAGACGAGCGGGAAAGCUUCCGAGAAAUCAUCUUCUCGAACACUGUCCAAUCGAUGCGCGUCAUCCUCGAAGCGAUGGAGAGCCUCGAACUACCACUUGACGACCAACGCGCCGAGUACCACGUUCAGACCGUCUUCAUGCAGCCCGCGCAAAUCGAAGGCGACGUGCUUCCACCAGAAGUUGGUAAUGCGGUCAAGACUCUCUGGGCCGAUGCAGGUGUGCAAUUGGCUUUCCAACGAAGCCGAGAAUAUCAGCUCAACGACAGCGCGAAAUACUACUUCGACUCGGUGGACAGGAUAUCAUCACCAACAUACAUCCCCUCCGACCAGGACGUGCUACGAUCGCGUGUCAAGACGACCGGUAUCACGGAAACCACCUUCAUCAUCGGCGACCUCACCUAUCGAAUGUUCGAUGUGGGCGGACAGCGAUCUGAGCGGAAAAAGUGGAUACAUUGCUUCGAGAACGUGACUACCAUUCUCUUCCUCGUUGCCAUAUCCGAGUACGACCAGCUGCUGUUCGAAGACGAGACGGUGAACCGUAUGCAAGAGGCGCUCACACUAUUCGACUCGAUAUGCAAUAGCAGGUGGUUCACCAAGACCAGCAUUAUCCUCUUUCUGAACAAGAUCGAUCGGUUCAAGGAGAAGUUGCCCGUGUCGCCCAUGAAGAACUACUUCCCGGAUUACGAGGGUGGGCAGGAUUACGGCGCGGCAUGCGAUUACAUCCUCAAUCGAUUCGUUUCGCUUAACCAACACCCGACCAAGCAGAUCUACACCCAUUUCACUUGCGCGACGGAUACCAUGCAGAUCCGCUUCGUCAUGGCGGCCGUCAACGACAUUAUCAUUCAGGAGAAUUUGCGCAUGUGCGGACUGAUAUGA